AUGGUGGAAGUCUGUGAAAAACAAAGUCAUGGCCAAUCAAGUAGUGGAUGCAGAUCUCUUCGUUCGUUUUUUAUAUUCACCAUUUUCCUGGUCCUGUUCCUGUGCUACUACAUUGUCCACAAUGAACUGUCAGAAUCCUGGGCUGUAGCAGUUGGAUUAUUUCUUCCAGAGAAAUUUAUCACUAAAAUGGUCAACGAUUCUCUGAAUACAGUGCCAACAGUGACUUCUGUGGAACCGUGGAAGCCUCCGGAACCAUAUUGUGUGGCAUACCCACACAAGUAUAAUUUAAUUUUGAAUGAGCCAGAGAAGUGCCAGAGGGAAAACCCUUUUGUGGUAUUAAUGGUACCAGUACCUCCAAGCUAUACAGCUGCUCGGGAUGCCAUUCGUUCAACUUGGGGAUCAGAGAGGUUAGUUGGAGACAAGACCGUGAGCAUAUUAUUUCUGUUGGGUCUCCCCACUUCAGAAGAACGAGAAACGCUUCAACAAAAUUUGCUACAGGAAAGUGAGAAGUAUCAUGACCUCAUACAAAGUGAUUUCUGGGACAGUUACUUCAAUCUCACCAUUAAGACAAUGGUAAUGCUAGAAUGGCUGACUGUUUACUGUCCGAAUACCUCCUAUGCAAUGAAAGUUGACUCUGAUGUGUUUCUCAAUGUCAAAACCUUAGUCAAUAUGCUUCUGUCUGCACCAAAGCAGAACUAUAUGACUGGACUUGUGGCUAGGAAUGCAGUGGUACUGAGAGAUCCUCAUUCUAAAUGGUAUCUUCCAACAACUGUUUACGAGCCCCCUUUUUAUCCACCCUACGCUCUGGGCUUGGGAUAUGUUUUCACCCUAGACCUGCCAGAGAAACUUGUUAAGGCAGCCCAACUUGUCAAACCGGUUUACAUAGAAGAUGUAUUUCUAGGUCAAUGUAUGACACAUUUAGGAAUUGCUCUCACCAAUCCACCUGAUGGAAGCCUAUUCAAUGUCUUCCCUGUAGAAUACAACCGCUGCCGCUAUUCAAAACUCAUCGCAACAACGACACGAAGCUUGAGAGACCAAGUGGAGUUUUGGAAGGAUUUACAGAGACCUGGUCCAUAUUGCUGACAACAAAUAGUUAAAUCUGUGUAACGGUCACAUGACUUACAUGUAACAAAGCUUGCAAAUACAUGGACAACCAAAAACAGGCAAUAACAAAACCCGGGUUAAUUAUGUGUCUUCGGGUUCACACUGCACAAUUUCAGCAACAACAAUCCACAGUCCUACAAUGUGAAACGUGUUUUGACUUAAAAUGCAUCAGCGACGACCUACAGCCAAUGAGAGAGCACGAUACAGGUCAAGGG